AUGACUCAGCCUGAAUACGCCAUUUACCCUUGGACAAAAUCAUACGAUUGGUGUUCAAACUGUGCCCAUACAUAUGAAGAGCAUCCUUAUAUUACAUUUUCAUUAAAGAACAAACUCUUUAAAUUUAAUGGAUAUUUCGUACGAAGCGGUUGUUGUUACAGAAAUGGCUGCUGUUGUGAAGAUGAUUUUUAUCACUACUGCAUUGAAUGCUGCCUUUAUUCUUGGUCUCUCCAAAUUUCAGAUGAUAAUAAAACAUGGACUAAAGUACAUUCUGUAGAAAAAGAUAGAGAAAUGAGAAGAUGUAAAGAGAAAACAUAUAAACUUGACAAGGAAUAUACAGCAAAAUACGUAAGAUUCUUCCAAGAAGAAGCCUGCCCUGGGGAUCCUCCUUGCAUUGCAAUUAACCAAUUUGAACUUCUUGGAGAUGUAGCAGGUGAGGAUGCUCGCGAUGAAGAAUUUGUUUCUUUCCAUGAUGAUGACGAUGAUGUAAGUAUUAUUGGGCACAUUUCUAAAAAUGGAAAUGUUAAGAUAGAAUAA